GCGCGAGCUGUUUUAGCUAAAGUCAUUUUGUCUACACCAGCUGCAAGUUCUUAUAUUCCACGAUGAAGCUUAUUACCUUGGGUUUUGUACUUCUCGCACUUGUGUCAAAUUCCUUGGCUCUGAAAGACGCAAUUUGUGGUCUACCUUCUGCAAGCGAUGGUAUUGGUGGAAGGAUAUGUCUAGCACUUUUUAGAAUGUGGACAUAUGAGGCUGCACAAAAUAGGUGUUUCCAAUUUAUAUACGGUGGUUGUGGUGGAAAUGCCAAUAGGUUCAUCUCAAAAGAGAAGUGCGAGGCCAAGUGCUUGGAAUAGCAUUGAGCGAAAAAGAAUGAAAUAAAUUAUUUUGAAGAAACUACAGGUCUCUGAUCUUAAUCCAAAUAUAAAGAUUCAGAUGAAAUAUC